AGACCGUGUUAGAAAGGUAAGCGUCCUGUUUUAAAACCUUCCGUGAAUUAUGUGGAAGUUUAAGUCUUCUGUAGUAAGCGUGCCUUCACAUUAAUGCAAACUCCACAGUGUUUUUACAUGCAUAAAUUCCCCGCUUUAAAACGAGUCAGUAUCUACGACACAUAAAACGAUUCCUGCUUCGAGAUUCGCGUAUUAAUUCUUGAACUCCAGUGACGAGGAGGAUUCCGUCCGGCAGGAUCCCUGCGAUGAGUGUCCCGCUCUCGGUCCGCACGGAGCCCCUGGGGCGCAGUGUGAUCCGGGGGGACCCCUACACUGUGUGGGUGCUGAAGGAGGGCUACUGCGUCAGCGAGGCGGACGGAAGCUGCCGGGCGGACGGCUCCAUCACCCUGCUCACGGGGCCCCUGGUCAUAGUGGUGGACACGGGGGGCCCCUGGGACCGGCAGCUGCUGCUGGACCGGCUGGCGGAGAGGGGGCUGCAGACAGGGGAUGUGAGCCAUGUGAUCUGCACCCAUGGCCACUCGGACCACGUGGGCAACCUGAACCUGUUCCCAGGGGCCACGCUGGCCGUGGGCUGCGAUGUGAGCCAGGGAGACCACUACCUGAGCCACGGGCUGGGGGAGGGCCAGCCGUUGGCCCUGGACCCCCACGUGGAGGUGGUGCCCACCCCGGGCCACGCUGGCAGGGACACCAGCGUGCUGGUUCUGAUCCCAGCGAUUCACAUCCACGCUACCGGGAGAGCUGGCUGCUGCGCCAACCGCUGUGGGAUGUUCCUCUCCAUCGCCUUCGCUGCAGUGGGGUUCGCUGGCGCCCUCUACAGCUUAGCUGUGGCGUUGCUGGGCUUGGUGAAUGGACCCACUUGCCUGUUCUCGUACGAGGGGAAACCUAUUUGGGGAGCUCCCUUCAGCGAGAAGUAUUAUGGGAGCAAUGAGAGCUACCUUGUGGACAGGGAUCUGUGGAAGCGCUGUGAGGAGCCCAAGCAUGUGGUGGAGUUCAACAUGGUGCUCUUCUCAAUCCUCACUGUAGCCAGCGCCAUCGAGCUGCUGCUCUGCGGAUUCCAGGCAGUGAACGGGCUGUUCGGGUGCCUGUGCGGCACCUGCGGGGGCAAAGGGCAAAGAGCUUGAAUAUGGAGACCUGUCUGGAAUCCUCCCAGUUCCAAUCCAACACAGACCGGUCUGGGCUUUGAGAGAGAGCACUGACUUUAUUAACUGGAACAUGUUCAUAUUCUGAAGUGACGCUGAUCUUCAAGCUUCGACGCACAGAUAUCUGAAAACUGUUUGAAUGCUUGCUUUUGUAAUUACUGUAUUUGUAAAAUUUAAAGAUAUUUCGAUUUAAAAAGCUGUGUGUUGUUUCAUUUUGAUGCCCCCGGUUUGCACACGGUAGAUGUAUUGAAGGGCUCCGGUAUCAGAACACGUUUAGAUUUCCUCUUUGCCAGCAUGUCCACAAGGGGGCGCCAAUACACAAGAACGUGCAGCUGCUGCAUUCUUCCCAGGAGCGCUCUGAACUCGUGUUAAUAAUAAUAAUAAUAAUAAUAAUGA